GCAACGGCAACAUUGUAAUUUGUAAAACAUUAGAGUUGACAGCUGUCAAGAAAAUGUUUGAAAAAAAGUUUUUCUAGAGAAAAAUUCAAGGUGUAAGGGUUUUAAUCUAAAAAACAAUACAUAUUUAUAAAUGACGAAACAAUGAGAUUGAAGAAAGCUGUGGCCAUUUUUGGCUCCCUUAUUUUAGUUGUAGUUAUAUUUAUUGUGUUUUCCGCCAAGGAUUUAACAUUAAGUUUUCCAAACAAGAAAUCUAUAAGCCAGGACAUGGAAGAGAACAAAUGGGUCCAUUUUCAAGACAAAAUUAACCAAAUUCAAAAAGAUCUUGACAACCACAACAAUGCAGUUCAUGAUUUAAAGUUGGCUAUGAAACAAAUGCUUAAAUCAACUUCGAGCGUCGUUCGCGAUGGGUCUAAUGAAAAAGCGGUGGGGGCACCACCGUACAUAGAACCUGACCGGAAAUAUCCGGUUUCUAUGAUGAUGUACGAAUCUACUUGUCCCAUGCAGUUAAAAGUUGCGCCUAGGACAAACGUACAGAUGCUUGAAAUGUACAAAAGCUUGAAGUUUGAUAAUCCAGAUGGAGGAGUUUGGAAACAAGGCUGGAAAAUUGAAGUAGACGAAAAAGAAUGGAACCGUCAAAAUAAAUUAAAAGUUUUUGUUGUCCCGCACUCUCAUAACGACCCUGGGUGGAUUAAAACAGUGGAGGAGUAUUAUACAACUCAAACUAAACAUAUUUUGGACAAUAUGUUGGUAAAACUGCCUGAAGAUUCUAGAAGGAAAUUCAUAUGGGCUGAAAUUUCGUAUUUUUCCAUGUGGUGGGAUGAUUUGAGUGAAGAAGAAAGAGACAUUGUGAAAAAAUUAAUAAAAACAAACCAAUUAGAAAUAGUAACUGGUGGAUGGGUAAUGAACGACGAGGCAAAUUCUCAUUGGAUUUCGAUAGUAAACCAACUAACCGAGGGACACCAAUGGUUACAAGAAAAAUUAAACUAUACACCAGUCAGUAGUUGGUCCAUUGACCCUUUCGGUAUGAGCUUGACGCAACCCGCAUUACUUAAAGCUUCUGGCAUGCAAAAUAUGCUCAUACAAAGAGUGCACUAUUCUGUGAAAAAAGAGCUUGCACAAAAUAAACAGCUGGAGUUUAGGUGGAGACAGCUCUGGGAUGAAAAGGGCAAAACGGAUAUGUUCACACACAUGAUGCCUUUUUAUUCCUACGACGUUCCCCACACGUGUGGACCGGACCCGAAAAUUUGUUGUCAGUUUGAUUUUAAACGAUUGCCCCAUCACGGACUCUACUGUCCUUGGAAAGUAUCACCUCAAGAAAUAACUGACAAAAACGUGGCUCAAAGGGCCGAGCUGUUAUUGGACCAAUACCGUAAAAAAUCAAAACUAUACAAAACGAAUGUGGUACUUGCACCGCUAGGCGACGAUUUUCGUUACGACCAUUCCACAGAGUGGGAUGUUCAAUAUAACAACUACCAGAAAUUGUUUGACUACAUGAACUCGAAUCUAAAACUCAACGUACAGGCGCAAUUUGGGACUUUGACAGAUUAUUUUGAUGCUGUGCACAAGGAGAAAAAAAUGGGGGAAUUUCCCACCUUAUCCGGGGACUUUUUUACUUAUGCUGAUAGGGAUGACCACUACUGGAGCGGAUAUUAUACGUCAAGGCCUUUUUAUAAAAGGAUGGAUAGGAUACUUUUGUCUUAUAUUAAGGCAGCUGAGACAAUCCAAACUUUAGCUCAUUUAAGUGGUAAACCUGGUUCAUCUUGGAUAGUUGACCCUCACUUAGGAUUAGAAGGAAUUUUAUCAAAUGCCAGAAAAGCUUUAUCACUUUUUCAACAUCAUGAUGGUGUUACAGGCACCGCCAAAGAUUUUGUUGUCGUAGAUUAUGGAAAAAAAAUGUUACUGGCAAUAAACGGAUGCCAAAAAGUUCUUCAAAUUUGCACCCAUGUAUUAUUAAAUGGUUAUAAUGCAGACACUCCCAAUCUAGACAUGUCUUAUUACACUAUAGACGAUUUAAUGCAUUCUCAUGAUUCUUUAAUUGAACAUUCCCAAAUAACCAUUGGAGUUCCGUACAUGCCUACUAAGAAAGUCGUAAUUUUCAACCCGCUGGCAUUUAAAAGAACUGAAGUGGUCAGUUUUCAUGUUUCCACGCCUUUUGUUGAGGUGACAGAUGGACAAGGUAAAACAAUAGACUGUCAACUUUCUCCGGUGUUUGAAUAUGGGCCGGCAAUUUCACAAACAAAAUAUCAAUUGCACUUUGUGGCAACAGUGCCUGCUCUUGGAUUGGCUGGUUACACUAUUAGGGCGCUUGAGGAAAGUGACAUUCCAAAAGAAACCCACUUUGCCGCAGUAAAAAUCCUCAACCACUACGACGACAUAGCCGCCCCGAAGUCCUUCCAUAUUGAGGUUUUGCCCCAAUCAAGCGAAUUCACGCUGCGCAACGAGCGCAUCACCGCCUCCUUCAACGAACUAGGUCUCUUAAAGGCCAUUAAAACGAAAACGGACGGCAACGUCGUACCUGUGCAUCUUGAUUUCGCAAAAUAUGGAGUGCGCAAUCGCAAUGAAAGAAGCGGCGCCUACCUAUUUUUGCCGGACGGCGACGCGAUACCACUAGAUGUGCAAAGUCCUACUGUGAAUCUUAUAGAGGGUCGCAUUUUUUCGAGUGUGACGUUGCAGUUGCCAUAUGUGAGGCAUACGGCCACGCUGUACGAUAGUCCAGGUGCUGAUGGACUUGGUUUGGAGAUUGAAAAUAUUGUGGAUAUUAGUACCACUAGUAAUUUUGAGUUGGUGAUGCGGCUGUCUACGAAUAUUGAGAGUGGGGAGGAGUAUUUCACUGACGUCAACGGGUAUCAGAUAAUGCGAAGAAAACGCUUCAAAAAAAUCCCUCUCCAAGCAAACUACUACCCAAUCCCCACGAUGGCAUACAUAGAAGAUAAAAAAACACGAAUAUCGAUAGUGACAAGCGGACCUUUGGGUUGCGCAUCUCUAAACCCCGGUCAAAUUGAGGUUAUGCUCGACAGAAGACUGAACCAAGAUGACAACUUAGGCCUUGGUCAAGGAGUCAUGGACAACAAACCUACCAGGCACACUUUCAGGGUGAUUUUGGAGAAACGGGAGAACCCUGCUUGCAAAACGACUGCAGACAACCACCCAGCAGGUUUCCCCUCGAUGUCAACGUACUUGGCAUCUCAAACGCUUUUGAACCCAGCAAUUCGGCUUAUGCGCACGGAUGACGACGACGUCAUCUCUCAAACGUCAUACGCACCGGUAGUUCGUGAUUUGGGCGUCGAUUUCUCCGUGGCGGCACUACGAACUAACGUGUUGGUGAAAGGCAAAAAAAGAGUGGGCGUGACUUUGCACCGUCAGUAUUUGGAUCUCUGUUAUGCCGAUAAACAGUUGCUGAGGCAGUUUUCGCUAAGCGAUGGAACGGCGAAUAUCAGUAGUAUUCUUCCUAUGGAUGAUGGAAAAAAACUUUACAAAACAUCAUUGUCAUUUUCUUUAGUGAAAAAUGAGGUGGAUGGAAAGGGUAACAUUGCUAUUUGUCCUAUGGACAUACAAUCUUUUAUUUUAUGAUAAUUCUAACAUAAUGCACUUUUUCUUUUGGUUUUUUUUGUCUCAUACAAUAUUAAUACUA